CCUCCAAGCUCCAACACAAGCUUCCCACUUCACCUUCUGUAUCUCAGCACCAUGAAGACUUUCGCCUACGCCGCUGCCGCCACUGUUGCCUGCCUCGCCACGCAGUCUUCCGCUUACAGUAACACUGCGUGCCCAAUCUCGGAGACUGUCAAGCUACUAGCCCUGGGCGACGACCAGUACCUUGAUUCGUGCCAGACCGCAUCGGGUUACACGUUCGUGCCGCCAUCGGCCUACCCCACCGAGUCCCAGAUCUUGCUCAUGUGCUUGACACCGGACUGCCACUCGCUCAUCGCUGAUCUCCUGGCCCUCGAGCCAGCAGACUGCGUGAUCAACUUCGGCACCGUGUCGAUCAACGUUCUGGAGCUCGCAGAGAGCUUCACACCCAACUGCACGGCUCUCGGUCUUUGAGCUUAAGCGACCCAGCUCGCUACGCAACAAUAACGAGUGUUCCAGUGACGUGAACAAACAGCUCGUAGCCAAGUAAUGAAGUCGUUUAACGUGCAC